UAGGAUCAUUGCCAGUGGGGGUAUUGAUGCGCUUGUUCACGUUGCGUCGACGACAGUGGGAGAAAUUCGGGAUCAAGCUAUUUGGGCGCUAGGAAAUUUGGCAGCAGAUUGUGCCUCGUGUCGACAACAAGUGCGAGCUUCGGGACUUUUGGCCUUAUUAAUUGUAAUGCUGGAAAUGCCAGACUAUCAGGCUCACGAUCCUCGCAAAAUUGUUAUUUGGUGCUUGGCUAAUUUGCUUCGUGGUGGAAUGAAUGACAUUGAGAUUGAUAGUGUCGGCCGGCUUCUCUCUUCACUUCAUGUGACUCUAUCCCUCUACGAUACAGGCGAAAUUCUCUGUGAUGCUGUUUGGUGUAUUGCAUAUCUCAUCGACCACGCAACAAUUGAAGGAGAAAGAAUCGAUCUGUUGUUUGCUCAACCAGGCCUAGCUGCAAGUAUUGUCAAUCUACUCAAGUCGGAUUCUCUUCGUGCGCUCACUGGGGCUCUUCGCACUGUUGGAAACAUCAUCACCGGAACAGAUGAGCAAACCACUGCAAUUCUUGACCUUGGCGUCCUGGAAGAUUUGAGUGAUCUAGUCAACUCCAACGUCCAUCAAAUUUCGCGAGAAUGCCUUUGGAUCCUCAGCAACAUCGCUGCGGGCACUUCAGAACAUGUCACUCGCCUUUUCUCAGUCGAUGGAAUGGCACAAAGCGUUUUUCAACUUGCCUACGAUCAAAGUCCAAGAAAGCGAAAAGUUGGUUUCAAGUCUUUAAGUGAAAUAAUUCUUUAA